UAUGAAUAACCCAGAUCUCAAGUAAGUAUUAAUAAUUCUUCAAUAUGUAGUUAAAACUUACAGCUGGUAAAUGUCUGGCAAAUGGGAUGAAUUCAAUAUUCAAGUUCGGUACCAUUACAACUAGAGAAACUACAAGCUGCUUAGCAAAUACAAAGCAUUCAACAGUUGAGGGCUGGAAAGCACCGACCUCCGGACGAGCCGUGAAGGCAGCACAGGUUCAGCGGCUGUCAGUGACCCGGCGACCAGCUGCUCCGAGGCCCCCCCGCGGCUUCCAGUGCAGCGAUGCACCGCCUCACAGCGCUGCGUCGGCCCGGCUCCGCGCGGCUCUUCGUGCGACGCGAACCCGCCGCGAGGACGCUGCUCGCCCCGCAGGCGGCUCGCCGCCUAACCGCCAAGGCCCCGGGACCGGCGCACAGACCGGCCCUCCCCCGGAAAACGAAUGUUCCCUCAAAGUCCCCCAGCUCUGGAGUGGAGGACCUCCUCUUCUACACCAUUACAGAGGGAAAAGAACAAGUCCCCAUUUCAUACUUUACCUCAGCCCUGAAGAAAACCGGCCUUCAUCCCUCGGACCCUCGCCUGAAGGACUGCAUGGAGGAGCUCCGACAGGCCGCCAUGGACUCUGUUGGAGAGGCGCUGAUGGGCCGAGACCUUUUCCACAGGUGCGUUGGAGGAAACAUCGUCUUGCUGAUCCAGGCCUUCAGAAAGAAGUUCAUCAUCCCAGAGUUUGACGUCUUUGCACAAAAAAUAAAUGACAUCUACAACACGGUCCAAAACCAAAGGGAUGGACGGGUGGCCGACUACAUCCCACAGCUGGCCAAGUUCAGCCCGGACCUGUGGGGGGUGUCCUUGUGUACGGUGGAUGGACAGAGACACUCGGUAGGCGACACCAAGCAGCCCUUCUGCCUGCAGUCCUGUGUGAAGCCGCUGCAGUACGCCAUCGCCGUCCACGAGGCGGGCACCGAGCAGGUCCACCGCUACGUCGGCAUGGAGCCCAGUGGACUCAAGUUCAACAUGCUCUCGCUCGACGAUGAAGAUAAGCCUCACAACCCCAUGGUGAACGCUGGAGCCAUCGUGAUCAGCUCCCUCAUCAAGCCUCGUUCAAACAAGGCAGAGAAGUUUGACUACGUGAUGGAGUUUGUGAAGAAGAUGGCCGGCCAGGAGUACGUGGGCUUCAGCAACGCCAUGUUCCAGUCGGAAAAAGAAACGGGCAACAGGAAUUUUGCCAUCGGAUACUACAUGAAAGAGAAGAAGUGUUUCCCGCUCGGAGCCGAUAUGAUCGACUCGCUGGACUUCUACUUCCAGCUCUGCUCCAUCGAGGUGACCUGCGAAUCAGGAAGCAUCAUGGCCGCCACUCUGGCCAACGGGGGGAUCUGUCCAAUCACAGGCGAGCGCGUCCUGAGUGCCGAGUCGGUGCGAAACACACUGAGUCUGAUGCACUCAUGUGGCAUGUACGACUUCUCUGGUCAGAUGGCCUUUCACGUGGGCCUGCCCGCCAAGUCCGGGGUGUCAGGUGCGAUCCUGCUGGUGAUCCCCAACGUCAUGGGAGUGAUGUGUUGGUCUCCUCCUCUGGACCGAGUCGGGAACAGCGUCCGGGGGAUUCACUUCUGUCAGGAGCUCGUGUCCCUCUUCAACUUCCACAACUAUGACAACCUGAGACACUUUGUGAAGAAGCUGGAUCCUCGCAGACCGGAUGGAGACGACCGGAACAAGUCUGUCUUUAAUCUGAUGUUCGCGGCCUACAGCGGGGACGUGUCUGCUCUGAGAAGGUUUGCUCUCUCAUCCAUGGACAUGCAGCUGAAGGACUACGACUCUCGAACGGCGCUCCACAUCUCUGCAGCAGAGGGUCACAUCGAAGUGGUGAAGUUCCUUACUGAAGUCUGCAAAGUGGAUCCGUUUGUAGAAGACAGGUGGGGGAACCUGCCGAUGGAUGACGCCCUGCAGUUCGGACAUGAGGAGGUGGUGAAGGUGCUGAAGGACUACCAGCAGGUCUACAGGCAACACGAAGGCCAGCGCACCGAGGCCUCCCCGAUUAUGGACACCAUCGAGGUCAUAGUGUGAUGUAACGUGUGUUUGUGUGUGUGUGUGUGUGUGUGUGUGUGUGUGAGACUGGUACCAUGUGGCAGAACACAGACCCUGCGCUUCAAUAGUUGAAAAGGGAUUUUAUGGAUAUUUAUAUUCGCUUGUGUUAAAACAUGGAGGGUGAGCGGUGAGCUGCGAGGUCAGCGGGUGGAACCCCAGCUGCUCCGUGUCCCGUGUCAAAGUGUCCCGUGUCAAAGUGUCCCGUGUCAGUGUCCCCGAGCAAGACACCCAACCCCCAACUGCCCCCCGAGCAAGAUGUAAAAACCAUGUGUUAAAAAUGCAAGUCACUAAAUGAGAUGUCAUGUUAAAAGAAGGAUUUGUAAUGAUCCCAUUAAACACAAUGUUUUAUAUUUUGCUUUCAUUAUGUUGUAAAUAAGUGCAUUGGAUUCCUAAUAAUACAUUAUUAUAAACUGUGUCUAAAGACCUUUCUAAGGUUCGUUUGACACUAAAAACACCCAUUAAAAUACAUCCAUUGGUAAAUAUUGCGUUAUUGAG